GGGCUUCGCCAAACAACUUCUCCCAAACCGAAACCUUGGCCGCCACGACUUGACCCUAACUUCCCUCUCUCCAGCAGACGCCCAUGCCGAUCGUACUCGCAGAAUUGCAGCUGCACCUCUCCUCUUCAUCAUCUCCCUCACCUUUUCCGUGUUCCCGGGUCGUCGUUGUCGCUGACACACGGCACCGCUGACAAACCCUCUUCCAGACACGCCAGCACCAUGAAUCGUGCUCUAAUAGCCUUGCUCAGCUCCUUGGGGGCCGGCGAGGCUGAUAGCUUUCACUGCUUUUCCUCUCACGACUCAUUCCUGCUUCCUAUUCCAUUUUCGUAUCCACCCCAUUCACUGUCCAGUUCUUCACCCCAACCUCUUUCCACCAUUCGCUGUUUUGCUUCCAUGGCCCUCUUGAAUCAUAUCGUCGUUUCCAAGCUCGCGUAUACGGAAAAAGCUCCUGUCCUCAAAUUGCGCCUCCUCCAUACAUGGAUGGCUGGAAACCCCGACCGCCCGGACGGAUUCUACGAGCACUCAAUAGCGACUGACGAAUUGGAUUGGGUGGCUGUUGGAAGGAGUGUCUCACCCUGAUUUCGGGAUUUGGUGGUUCUGAUUGAGAGGUUCUUCUCUAUGGUUUUUUUCUAAAACUAAAGGAUGUUGGUGGUUUGGGAGACGAGCUAACAGAAAGGUUCUAAGAUUCGAUGAUCAACCAAAUUUGAACUAUAAACUGCUUCAGAAUUGAAAGCAGCAACAGGUUUCUUACAGUAGCUGCAGGAUUUAGAAGAGGACCAACAUGAGAGGUUUUUUGGGGAAAGAAUAGGGCCAAGGUUACUAGGAAGAAGGAUGAAGCAUGAUGUACAAAGUACUAGAGCGGCCCAUUAACAAGGAUGAACUACAAGCAAGAACAGACAUCUCUCAAACACUGGAGGAAUUAUGGCUGAAGUCAAAGAUUCAAGAUUUUAUGCCAAAACUUUUGCUCUCAUGCUCAGAGAAAUGGUAUUGUUUCCUCCUUCCUUCAUAUACACAAACCAGAAAUGUCCCAAACCCAGUUAAAAGAAGCUGUUUCAUUUUUUUCUUUCUUCUUCUUCGCAGGUUUGAGAACAUUUGAAAAUACAAUAGUAUAUGUACAAGCAUGUGGCAUCAGGUAGCAUACCAUAGUGGCUCCACUGCCUAGCCCCGAGUACGGCGUCUGAGCACUCCACGAAAGCAGCCGGAGAUAACAGAGUCUCACCAGAAACGUAGUGCCAGAACAAUGAAGUCGUUGUAUCCUGGGCUGUCACAACCCUCGAAGACAAUAAGAUGGAGAAGCUAAUCUCCCUGCUUUGGUCUUCCUCUGCAUAAUUGUCUCGAGUUCUCCAAACUGGGAACCUCUAUACUAUUGGGUACCGGAUACAAGGAACCCUAGAGAUGAACCAAGUGCAUUCAGAACCCACCCAGUUGGCCAAAUGGAAGCAGCCCCUUCUAGCAGCCUAUGCAAAAGAGACUGCAUGCUUAUGAAGAAAAAGAAGGGCACAUUCCAUCACUCAAGCUUCCUAGGCGGUGGUGCUACAUUAGCUGCAGCCUGCAAGAAGGCUGGUUGCAGAGCAAGGAGUUUGUAAGUCAAUCUGUCCUUGCAUUGGGCUUUAUAGCCCAACCGUAGAUAAUUUCAGAACUUUCAUAUCCUAUCUGAAGUUUAUUGGUGCCAGCUUGGAGAACAUUUAGGUAUUGGCUAGGGGUUUUACUUUUGCGAAGUUCAUACGCAAAAGGAUGCUGAAGAUGUAUGAUAAAAAGCAAAAAUUAUAGUCGCAGGAGUUUCCCCCGGAAAGCAUUACUGAGGUUUGUAGCCGCGGUGAUGUUCGGCACGUAUUACUGAAGUUCGGCAUAUCUAAUUACUCCAUUUAGAGGUGGUGCCUUCUUUUGUCUGCACUCAGUGGUCUCCAAAAAAAACUCUUCUGAUAGCAUGAUAGGUUAGUUCAGUUAGUACGGAUCAAGAGCUUCACCAGUAAGGGUCACUGAGAACCUGCUUUUGUUGCUCAUUAUCAAUGGUCAUCGACAUUGCGUAACUGUAAGACAAGUUGUUGAACAGGCCAUUUAGUAAGCUGAGGACCUGCUCUUUGUGUACAAAUUAAAGAUUGCUUAUUUUCUUUUCUAAUGAAGGUUGCUCAGAUAAGAUUAGUUGGGUAUGGAUUGUAUUAAUAUUUGAAAUAAUGAUUUUCACGUGUAUAAAAGUAUUACUUUGAGGUAGUUUCAGUGU